GUGCUUUUCUGCGGUUUCCUUUUUCUCUAAUACUGACCAUUCAUCAGUUGCAAAAGCGCACCACUUAGAGUUUUAAUUUGCUUUUUCUUCUUGUUGCUAUCUAUUUUUUUUCAAACAAAGAGAUUGAAAGCCAGUGAAAAAUUGAUUUUUCAAAGCACGAGUACUACUGGGUUGGAUUGGUAAACACACAUGAGCAGCAGAGCACACAUCUUACGUUGUCAGAGAGGAAGAGGAUCAGUGUUUUCACAACUUAUACUAUUUGUUUUCCACUGAUAACAUCGACGGCAUCGCUUGAUAAUGAUUAACAGCAUGCUGAACGAGGAUUAUAGGGUUUACCCCAAACGAUGGAUUUAUUUGCUGGCAGUGAGCAUGAUUAACUUUUCAAAUGGAAAUACAUGGAUCACAUACGCGGCCAUCACUUUCUACACUAACAACUACUACUCCAACUCAAAUGCAGCUCUAUUUUUCAACGUUAUUUUUAUGGUUUUAUCGAUUCCGGUGGGAUUCUUAGCAUGCUGGUGGAUUGAUAAGUUUGGACUCCGAUCAGCGUAUCACAUUGGAACAUGGGCAAAUUUCAUCGGAAACAUUAUUCGUCUGGUUGCGUCAGGGACUUUUAUAGACCCGUCACUACGAUUCCCAAUUGCUAUAACCGGACAGGCAGUAGCCGCUUUUGCACAACCAUUUGUCAUGUUCCUUCCCACAAAACUCGCAGCAUACUGGUUUGCGGAUAAUGAGAGAGCUAUUGCAAAUACACUGUCGUCAAUGUCGAAUCCCAUUGGAAUCGCUGUCAUGUACUCAUUGGCACCUGUAUUUGUAAAUAAGACAACUCCAGACAACUUUUUCAAUAUGAACAUAGCAGUAACGGCUGUGGCUGUCAUUCCUGUAAUUCUCUCCUUGUUCAUCAACAAGUCAAAGCCACCUACUCCUGCAACACCUUCCAGAGAUACAGACGUAGAUGCCCCGCCAUUUUUGGAAGGUGUCAAAAUAUGCUUCAAAUCGAAAACGUUCAUUGUGCUAUCCAUUUGUUUGGGCGGAGGAGUCGGUCUUUUCAACGCGUUGUACAACAAUCUGCAGCCAGCAUUGUGCGUGAAAGGGUAUAACCCGACGUUCAAUGGAGGAAUGGGAACCUUGUUGAUCAUGUCUGGACUCGUUGGAGCAGCUAUCAGUGGGAUCAUUGUUGACAAGUGGGGAGAAUUUGAAAAAGUAAUGAAAGUAUCAUUUUGCAUUGCCGGAGUUGCAGCAGCUUCCUUAUCAAUUUGUAUCAACUACGAGGGUGUGCAGUGGUGGGUGAUACUCUCGAUUUUUAUCUUUGGAGCUGCUGGAUUCUCAAUUUAUCCGAUUGGUCUCGAGAUGGGAGUUGAGGCGACAUUCCCAGUGGCAGAGGCCACGUCAACCGGACUUAUUAUCAUGAUUGGACAGGUUCAAGGAGUAUUUUAUGUGAUUAUGACAAAUCUAGCUGUCGGAAAACCGGACCCUCAUGAUAUGGCCAUUCAAACGUGCGUGGACACCAACUCUCAGAAUCAUACGGUGUUAACUUGGAAAUGGCCAUUCCUUAUCUGGCUAAUUUGCAUAUCUGUCCUUAUAACUAGUUUUGUGGCAUUCUUCUGGCCUAAGUACAAGCGAAGGAAUUACGAGCAGGGAAAGAAAUGGAACGAGUUAGAUCUUUAAAUCUAUGUGUAUACAUAUGUAUUUAUGAAACCAAAAACAUAUUUUCAAUGAAAAUUUGAAAAAUUAAAU